GGUUUCACAAGAUACGAAGCGAGGUUUGAUUUUGAUGAUGGGGGCAGACAUUAACGUUAGAACACAGAAACCCGAGAUGCACUAUGAUGCGUUGUGUAGUGAUAAUAAGAAAAAGAGAGUCGAAAAAGAAAUCGAAAGUGGCUUCUAUUCUCAUCUCCCCAUUCUCUCACUCACCAUAAUAUAAUCUCUUCUUUUUCUCCAAAGACUUCCCUCUUCUUUCUCUCUCUCUCAACCUUUACCAACUAAGCAAAGCAAAACACUCAGCUAUAACUUUCUCCAAUGGCAGUAGCAAAGUUUGUUUAUCUGCUAUUAUUAACCACGAUGGUGGGAGUCCAGAAUGUGGUUGGUCAAGGUACAGCGAGUUGGUGUGUGGCCAGGAGUGAUGCUAGCAAUGAUGCACUGCAAACGGCGUUGGACUAUGCAUGUGGGGCUGGUGCUGAUUGUCUUCCUCUUCAGGCUGAGGGACUCUGUUUUCUCCCUAACACCAUUCAGGCCCACGCUUCUUAUGCCUUCAACAGCUACUAUCAGCGCAGAGCCAGAGCUCCUGGGUCCUGUGAUUUUGCUGGCACUGCCACCAUCGCCACCAGUGAUCCCAGUUAUGGAUCUUGUGUGUAUCCUUCUACUGCAAGUACUGCGGGAGGACCAAAUACACCAAUAACAACACCUCCUAUGAACAACCCUAAUGUGCCAUCAUCUACAACAACAACACCACUCUACGGAGGGGGCAAUAGCGGUGGACUAACUCCUGGAAUGAGCACUCCAUUCCCUGACAGUUCUAGAGCACCAUUAGAAGCCACAGCCACAUGGUUUUUUGUUUUCUUUUCCUCUCUCAUUGUAUCCAUUAUCUCCUAGUUUUUGUAUGAUCUUCGGGAGGCUUACAGUUUUGUCAGAGGUUGAAGGAGCCUUUGGUUGUUUAUAACCUUAUUUUAAGCAACUACCACUUAUACCCAUUAUUUAGGUUAUUAUUAGGUUAUGAACAAGUUAAGCAUGGCAUGGUGGUAUUCAUUCAGGAAAGAACAGCUAGGUUGUCGCAUGGUCUUUACUGAUGUGAUUAUUGAUUUACAGGGCAUAAAUUUAAUUCAAUAGUUCAAAUUAACUGUCCCCUUUUGCAAACAUUGCUCAUGUUUUACAAAUAG